GCGUUUUACAACAUUACCAUUGAUAACUGCUGCCUCAGCCAGCUUGCUACCAAAGUCUAUCAAAAAAUCCAAAAUCAGUUUUUGGACGCUGAUGCUGUAGAUUUAUGAGCAUGCCGUCCAAUUUUACCAGAUGUACAAUUUAAUUGAUUUACCGCAAAACGUAACACGCAUAUUCAUUAGGACUUGUUGUUUAGCUGAAUACAUUUUUACAUAGCAAGUUUUAUAACCAAAAAAAGCAAACUCGCUUGAAAAAGUGUUACAAAAUGUUCAAUUAAUUCACUUACCUUUUUAAACAAUGAGUCCAUUAAAGUACAUUACAUAUUUGUUGAUUUUAUUUUCAAGUCUUUCCAGUUAUUUUACAACAUAUCUGCCUUGUACUUUCCAAGAUCGUAUUUUCGAUUGCAUCGACACGAGGAUUACUUUCGACCGAAUUCCAAGAAUCCCUAAGAACGCAACAGCCGCACUAUUAUCUUCGAAAGAAAUCAGUUCUAUCAAGAGCAGUGAUUUUGUCGACCGCGGAGAUCUCGAGAGACUGACUCUGAACAAAAACCACAUACAGCAUAUAGACGAAAACUCUUUCCUUCCCUUACAAAAACUAAGAUUCUUGAAUCUUGACUACAACCGAAUGGAGAAACUAGAUUUUUAUACUCCGCUGACAUUGGAACAUAUCAACCUAAAAGCUAACCGGAUUAGCUUUGUAUCGCCCAGAUUCCUGCGAUCAAUGAACAAUUUGCAGGAGUUCGACAUUUCUAAGAAUAAAUUAACCGAAAUUCCUCCUAACCUAUUCCAAGAUAUAAUUGUGAGACAGCAACAAAUUACGCUCGAUUUUUCUAACAACUUGAUUGAGUCUCUUCGGAAAGAGUCAAUUGCGAAUCUGAUUUACAAUUCCAACAGAUACAGCAAACUUAAAAUCAACUUGUCUGGUAACCCUCUUAGGUGCAACUGCCUCAUGAAAUGGAUUUCGACACUUCAAGAAGACUUCAGUCAGCAUAGCGUGUCGCACAUCGACAUCCAAGGUGCUUGCAAGUAUCCAAUCGCUAUGAAAGGCCAACAACUGUCGCGUCUUCAGUCGCCCGAAUUCGCAUGUGAAGCACCUAAAAUUGAUAUUACAGUACGCACACACAUAGUGCUGGACGAGCAUGACCACGGGAUGAUUCCAUGUUCUGCAAAUGGAGACCCAGAUCCAACUAUCUCUUUCAAGCUAUCAAAUGGUGUCUGGCUAUCACAGGGAUCCUCAAGAGGCAAAUACUCGGUGACCAAUGACGGAAUACUCAUAAUAGACGAAGUAUCUAUCGGAGAUGCGCAGCGAAUCCAGUGCAUUGCCUCCAACAUAGUGAAGAACACUACAAUCGAAAUCAUAAUAACAGUAAACCAGCAGCUGUCAUCCACUGAAAAGACAAAAAUUGUCGCAGCUGUUGUUUUUCCACUAGCUAUUCUUGCUUUGUUAACUCUUAUUCUGUGUUGUUUUUGCUCACCUAGGGUACGUAAAUGCUGCAAGCCAAAAAGAAAAAUGCGGUAUUCGAAUGUGAAUGGAAAACCAGUAGAAGACUUUCGCUUCCCGGGAGACAAACAAUUAUCCAUAGGAGGGCUAAUGAGUCCAAGCGCUUGUGCUGGUUCCAGAACUCUGCCCAAUGGCAUAUUGACUCAGCCCAAACCACAAUAUCAGCAAUUUACGUCACUACAAAGAAACCAACAAGCAACCAUUGACAAUUCAAACAAAGCUGCUGUACCUUUGAGACAAACUGGAUCCAAUACCAUGCCAGCAAACCUGAGAUCAACCAACUUGGUUGUAGCGCAGCCGACAACUUUGCCUAGCUCAAUAGCAGUUCAUAUUGACGCGGAUAAACCGAUGGCACCAACUCCUCGAGGCAUUUUGUUCAGAAAAAUGUCACAUCCCUACGUAGCAGCUGGCACGGUAACGAAUGGUAUAACUGUUCCUGCAAAGCUUCCAGCAACACCCUUGUAUAUAGAUCCACCUGAAUUUGAGCCACGAUCACUUGAAGCUGUUGCAGUCGAUUCGCAAGUCAAUUUGCAACAAAACUCUCAGGAGACAGAAACUUGAAGUUAUUGAACAUUCACAUCAUUAACCAAUUUCCCAUAAAAUAGUUCCGCCACGAAAUACAUAUUUAAAUAAUU